AUGUUUGACGCUCAGAAAGCCUCGGGGCCGUCCUUGACGGCAACGACGACUCCCACAUUCCUAAAAUCCAGAGCCUCUACCCUAGCAUCGAGCGAAUCAAGCUAUGAUGAAAUGGAAAAGGAGCUAACCAUCCCGAGUUCCGCCGCUUCACUCCAGGACAUCCAUAUCGACGCUGUCCCAUCUGCCUCUGAUUUAUGCAACGAUCCCGCUCGAACAAUGCCCAUCGAAUCGGAGAAAACCACAACAGUGAACGACGGGGAGAAAACAAACUAUCCAGGAGGCAUGAAGCUGGCAUUGAUCGUAGCUGCGGCUUGCUUCAGUGUCUUCCUUAUGGCCCUAGCCACUGCAAUCCCACGCAUCACCGACGAGUUCAACAGCUUAAACGAUGUCGGAUGGUACGGCAACGCCUAUCUUCUAACCACGGCUUCGCUUCAGCUGCUCUGUGGCAAGCUCUACAGCUUCUUCAGCAUCAAGUGGAUCUACCUCAUCGCCAUCGGCAUCUUCGAACUCGGCAGCUUGAUCUGCGGUAUCGCGCCGAACAGUGUCACCCUCAUCCUCGGUCGUGCCAUCGCUGGGCUCGGGUCGGCAGGCAUAUUCUCCGGGGCCCUCAUCAUUCUUGCCUACAGCGUCCCCCUCGAGAAACGUCCAAUUUACACGGGCAUUGUCAGCAGCAUGUGGGGUAUCUCCUCCGUUGCCGGGCCUCUGUUGGGCGGCUUCUUCACUGACAGCAUGACGUGGCGGUGGUGCUUCUACAUCAACCUCCCGAUCGGCGCAGCUACGGUCUUCGUCAUCAUGCUGUUCUUCCCUGACCCCGAACGAUUCGUCCCUCAACAGGAUUGGCGUUCGCGUCUUGUCCAGAUAGAUCCCCUCGGCAACCUCCUCUUCAUGCCAGCUGUCAUUUGCCUCCUGUUGGCCCUUCAUUGGGGUGGCGUCACGUACCCUUGGACCUCGGCUCGUGUCCUUGUCUUGUUCGCAGUCUUUGCCAUUGGCAUGUUGGGGUUUCUGUUCCUGCAAUACAUCGGCCAAGAAAACGCAACGGUUCCACCUCGUAUCUUCAAGAAGCGCACUGUCUGGUCAUCUUCAUUCUUCUCUUUCACCCUGGGCGCUGCAUUUCUCCUGUCCGUUUAUUACCUCCCGAUCUGGUUUCAAGCCGUCCAGGGAGUCUCCGCCGUGGAAUCGGGUGUCAGGAACCUGCCUAUGCUCGUCGGCAACCUCAUAUUCUCUCUCGUCGCCGGCGCUGCGGUCACAACCUGGGGCUACUACACCCCGUUCAUGAUGCUCAGCUCUGUCCUUAUGAGCGUUGGGUAUGGCCUCAUCUCGACUUUUAGCCCCGACACCUCAUCCGCGAUGUGGAUCGGCUACCAAGUCAUUGCCGGCGCCGGGGUAGGAGUCGGCAUGCAGCAGCCUCUCAUCGCCGUACAAGUGGUGCUCGAUAUGGUUGACGUUCCUACGGGAACGGCCAUCAUCAUUUUUACGCAGCAAAUCGGCGGUGCCAUCUUCGUCGCCAUCGGGCAGACCGUCUUCACCAACCAACUGGUAGAAAGGCUGGUGCAGCACGUUCCCGACAUCGACCCGAACUCUGUCAUUGCUGCCGGCGUCACGGCUAUUCACAAGACCAUUGAUGCAGAGUUUCUUCCGGCCGUUGCACAAGCCUACAGCGAUGCCCUGGCGCAGACGUUCCUCGUGAGUGCCGUGACGGCCUCUGCUACCGUUAUUGGCGCGGUGUUUGUCGAGUGGAAGAGCGUCAAGGGCAAGACUAUACAGUCCACCAUGGCAUAG